UUCGGUGUCUUGGUGAAGAUCGAAGAUAAUCUCGCGGUGGCUGCACGAACGGCGUUGAAGAUCCCUUUCCCGCUUGUUGUAGUACCUGCAGCGGCUUUGAAGGUCCAGCGAACGGCGAGUCUGACGCCAUUAAUGGUCGGAGUUGCUGCUUUUGCCUCAUUCUGUCACUCAUGUUGAACUGAUCUAUCGCUUUCGGUGGGGGGGGGGGGGAUUCAGCUGCUCCCUUUGCUCGCUCUCUUUCACACUCAUUAUUUAUCCCUUAAUCUUGGGUUACCCUCUGGAAUCUGAAGGACCCAUUUAGCUUUCUAGGUUCCCGCAGCUUUCAUGUUCCAGAUGGAUUAUUGUUCCUGGUGGAAGCAUGGACAAUUUUGAUCAUUAUAGUGGAAGCUUGUUCCUUUAUCUGGGGCCCGGGUGAAUUAUAUUUCCUGUUUGGUAAUUCUUUUGUUUCCGAAAUGGCAAAUAACUUGCCAACUUUGACGGCACAUAAAACCCUAGUAUUGAACUCUGCAUUACUGUCAAGGCUUCUUAUCUUCACACUAAUCAUCAUCUUCCGGCUUCUUGUUUCCCCCUAUGAUACCUCUGCACCAUUAAAUCCUGACUGCCUCACCAGAUCCAACACUGAGCCUGGCAACGAUUCUUCCCACCCACCUCUGCUUUGGCCUCGCUUGAGUUCUGCCAUUGAGAAUGGAAUAGUUUGGGAUUCUGUCUACUUUGUCCGCAUUGCUCAGUGUGGCUAUGAGUACGAGCAAUCGUAUGCCUUCUUACCCCUCCUUCCCAUUUGCAUUUACUUCGUGUCGCAUACAGUGUUUGCCCCCUUAGUACCGUUUAUUGGUGAAAGAGCUGUUCUGGCAGUGUCUGGCUAUCUAAUUAAUAAUGUCACAUUUGUAUUUGCAGCUCUUUACUUUUACAAGCUAUCAACUACUAUAUUGAAGGACCCUGAAGCAUCAUUAUUGGCUUCAAUUUUAUUCUGCUUCAAUCCAGCCUCUAUAUUUUAUUCAUCAAUAUACACAGAAAGUUUGUAUGCUUUUCUAUCCUUUGGAGGAUUAUACCACUUGAUCUCUGGUGGAAAUAGUAUGUCUGUUAUUUUCCUCGCUCUCUCUGGUUCUGCAAGGUCAAAUGGGGUUCUGAAUGCUGGCUAUUUUUGUUAUCAGACAAUGCAUCGGGCAUAUGAUGCUCUCUUUCAGAAAAGACAAGCUCAUUUGGCAUUACUGGCUGUCAUUUCUGGAGCUUUUCGAUGUGCAUGUAUUUUUGCUCCUUUUAUAGCUUACCAAGCUUAUGGAUAUCACAAUAUGUGUGUUGGGCGUUCUCAUGAUGAAUUGAGGCCCUGGUGCAAGGCAAGGGUACCACUGCUUUACAAGUACAUCCAGAGUCAUUAUUGGGGUGUAGGUUUCUUGAGAUACUUUCAGUUGAAACAACUGCCCAACUUUCUGCUUGCAUCACCUGUACUGUCUCUGGCAUUUUGCUCAAUUUAUUAUUAUGCUAAGUCAAGGCCUCAAAACUUCUUUUUACUUGGGUUUCAAAUUUCUAAGGAGGAAAAGAAUUGUGGGGUUGUGUUUCUUUCAGAUGCCACCUCAAGGUCAAAUGUGGCCUCCACCUUGGAGACAUCCUCUGUUAAGGUAGAAGCAACAGAAAAUUUGAAUCUUAGGAGGAGAAGGAACACACUCCAACGAGACAAUGCUGAUAUUCACAUAGAAUCUGAACAGGCAGCUCAGCCAGGAUACUUGUCUGCCUCUGUUCUGCCAUUUGUAUUACACAUGGGAUUUAUGGCUGGCACAGCGUUUCUUGUCAUGCAUGUGCAGGUUGCCACCCGUUUCUUAUCUGCCAAUCCUCCUCUCUACUGGUUUGCUUCAUAUAUGAUGACAUGGCAUGCAAAAAAUAGUAUGUGGAGACGUAUAAUUUGGGCAUACUCUGCAGCAUAUAUUUUUCUUGGCUGUUUGCUAUUCUCGAACUUCUAUCCUUUCACUUAACGAGAUAUGCUAUUGGUUGUACCUAAAAAGCGGAACAUUUUACUUCAAGGACUGCGUAGAGUUGCUCAAAAAUAUUGUCAUCUGUUGGUUUUUUGGCCCUUUGAUGGUGGCUGUUUGAGUGAUUCAAGAGCAGUAGCAUUAUACACUUUUUGUUGCAUUUCGGGAAGUGAUGGGGAUGGAAAGAAGGAAAAGGGAAGGCUACUCCAUAUCUUUCUUUUAAAAGCCCAGCCAACUUGGCAACACAACGCUGGAUCUACGGAACUCUCCUAGUUUGUGACUUUUUUUUUUUUUAAAUUGUUUUUGGGAAUUUGUUUCUUAGUGUGAUUCAAGCUUGGACGCUUCAGUUCCAAGGAUAACUUCUAGGGGAGCUUAUCAGUAAUAUGGAUGUAAUGUUCUCUGGCUUGGGACGUAAGACAUCCAAGAGAUUGACAAGUUAUCUUUGCGUAACAGGUUUACCAAGUCAUGGAACAGAGUUGGCAUUGCUAUUUUGUUCUAUUAAGCCAAGUAGAUAUCAAGUAAAUUUUUGUAUUUGUUUAUUAGAUGUAAAUAAAUCAAUUUUUAGUGAGCCAGGAUUUGGUUGCACCUGGUGGUGAGCUAGUUAACUUGUACCAAAAGCAAGAAGAUACGCUUUCCCAUCCCAUUCUUGUUCCUUGCUUCUCUUUCUCAUGUACCCAAAUAAACCCAAUAUUGCCUUGCUCA